GAGUAGUCCCUAUAUAAAGCCGUGGAUUGCAGAUUGCAUAAAAUACAGAAUAGGAAGAACGUAGGAUCUUAAAUGAUGAACCUAGAUUUUAUAGCACUGCAUAUAUUAAUCGUCUCUUUUAUAAAAGGCGAUGCUGAAAAACUACACUGCGGACCCAGUCUUACUACAUACGAUCCAGAGACACAUGGUUGCCGUGAUAAUGUAGUAAUUCCAAUAAUGGACUCGAUCUCUUUACCCAACGGAGAUGAAAAUAUCCCAAAACACUCCACUACUUCUAUCACCACUACGGAAUCAGAGACAUUGCUCUGUGGAGAUUUAGCAAAGUACAAUCCCAAAACACACAAAUGUGAAGAUGACAACAUAGUAAAUCCUACAACUAGAAUGCCAGUAACAAGAUUACCGAAAAAGUCGAGAACGACCAGAAAGGGAAUAUCAGAAAACACAUCAGUUGGUCGAAACAGUAUCGAAAUGCAAUGCAGAAGAAGCGAUAUGAUAGACUGCAACGGUAUAAUGCACUGCGGAAAUAAUGGCACCUACAAUUGUUGCGGAUUUCAAACUUUCCAACCAAAACAGCAAACGUGCUGCCGAGUAACUAGUUCCAAAUAUAAAAUUCACGAUGAUAAACCAGAAAGAAAUCACAUCUGCUGUGGGGUAAAUGUUUAUCCAAGAAGAAAAUCAAAAGCUCCGUGUCAACAUUCGUCCAGAAACGAUGCUUUUCUGAGUGGCAAACUACCAAAAAUGAAGAGGAAGUCCCUGGAAUCGAUGAUAUGUAAUGAAAAUAUAAUGUUUGCUUAUCAUCUGAGAAUAACAGGACCACACAGCGGAGAAGACGAAAGAUACCUAACUGCCAGGGUUACUCAGUAUGAAUGGCAGCCAGAUAUGAGUAUCAGCCGAAGGUAUUUCAUACGACUGCAGACAGAAAAUGGCAUUAAAAUUCCAUUGGACAAAUACAGCCCUUCUAGACUACGGAGAAAAGGGUUCCUAAUCUUGUCGAACUACCGGUACUUAAACGACAGUAUCUUCUUCCUUCGUCAUGGGGAUGUUGUGUUCAAAGCACCAAAGGGGAAAAGAAUGCUUCUAAAGAAGUUACGAAAGGUUCAAGCGAAUUGCACGAUAAAAUGAAAACAAUAUCUCAGGCUGUCAACAAAGUCUUACUUUCCUGCAUGUUCCAAUUGUUUCAAUUAUUAAUGUCUGGAAUAUUUGAAAUAUUGUUUUUUAGUUUGAUCUUAAAAUUUGUCUUUAAAGGGAAAUGGCAAAUCUUAUAUGUAUGUUGCUCUUUUAACUUGCUUUACUGAUAACAGUGCUUCAUCAUAAAGUGUCUGUAUAUGAGAAGAAAACAUUCAAAAGACGCGGUAAACAAAUAGUGUAUUCUUUUCAUUAAAAACUGUAAUUUUCUGUUUUCUUAAGGAAAAUCUCAAAAUUAAGAAAGUUGCAGUGUUGACAGCCUGUAUUCGAUACUAUUUGAUCUUGCAGCCAGCAAGGACAGUAUUCAGUGCGGACAAAGAGACCCAGUACAUGGAUGUUCGAACUGCACAGACGGAAUUCCUGUGCAAGUCCAGUGCUUUCCAUUCUGCGUCCAAGGGAGUCCCGGAACAAUGACAGGUUCCACCUUGCACAGUACUAUUAAACAUGGCAAUUAGCCCAACACAAACUAUUGCAUAGAAAAUGUAUGCUGCGACAAGCUGUCUUGAGAAGCCUAAUUUUAAGGUUCGUCGCGACUAAGCAUUUCUGGAUGCAACGCAAUUACCAAUUAUUACACUGUACAAAAUUUCACAACUCUUAAGUUUUGAAAGUAAUGACGUUUUAACAAUUAUAGAAUUAAUAAGGUUUUCAAAAAUGUUAAGACUAAUUGUCUCUUUUUCCUAUUUUAUUUCCAAAUUUACACCGUCCUUAAAUCCCACAUACUGACUUGGUAUCAAAUCUAAAUAUUGCCUUUAGGCUGAACACCACUAAAUCCAGCUCUUCUUUAUUUCAUAUAAAAUCCACUUACUUCAUAACGGUUUUUCGACAUUUUGUUGCAUAUCAGAUUUUCAGAGACUUAUCAGUUGUUCCAGAUUCUAUUUGAUAGUAAUCAGCUUUUAUACAGAAUCUCCAUUGUUUGAUAAAAUAAGUUUCCCACACAGAUUUCGAAAUACUAAAAAUAUGGUCUUUUAUUCAACACCUUCUCUAAAGGUAUUUUAACUAAUGCUACUGGCUGCAAUACAUUCAAGUACAAAAUAUAUUCUGAUAAUAUUGUUUGAAAUAUACUUAGGGCCGAAACAUACGCAAACUAUUCGUAGGUUUAGUGUGGUUGGCGGUACUACUGAUUAUAUCGAUACAAGAAUUCUAUUACCAGUCACCAUCAGAAAUACAGAUAGUGUCCACGACCAAAUAAUAAUUUCCAACUAACAUCCAAAACAUGCCUGUGGUCUGAAAAUAUGAUGAGGAAACCAUUCAUUUUUCCGGCCUUUGUAACUAAUGGUCAGCAACAUAGACACACAAUGAGUUCAUAAAUGUUUCAUAGUAAAUCCGCAUGAUUCGAACGGCUGUGGAACGACAAGAGCAAGGUGAUACAGAAAUGUAAAUAAUUGUUGUUUGUAAAUAUGAUUGUAAAUUUAUAAUAAAAGCGGCGGCUGAAACAUAUGUGUGAUUAGUGUUGAUAUGUGUGUAACAUUUGUAUUUUAUAUAUCCAAUGAAGAACAUAAAGUUGA